UACCCCGUUAGCCUUGUUACCCUUCCACACUCUGUGAUCUUCGCUGUCAAGAUCCAUGUUUGUGUAAUUUUCCAGCAGGAAAAUAAGCUCCGUAAGCUCCUCCACUACUUGGUCAUGCACCCUUCUAUGAAUACCUAAGUCCCAACUGACCACAUCAUUUACAAAAGUUCUAGCACAGGAUACCGUUAUUUCCUUCGAAUCACAUACCUCAAACACCGCGGGGAAUUGAGUCUGUACAGUCAAAUUUGACAACCAAGCAUCCUUCCAAAAGCUUGUAGAUAUCGCAAAGUAGUGCAGCUCCGAGAUUCUAAGGUGCUGUUAUACUUUAUACUGUUUUGAUCAACAUGGAUGGUGGAAGUAAUUCUCUUUCUCAACCUACCGUAGAGAAACUUGUUGACAGUAAUUACCAGUAUUGGAAGAUAUGUAUGGAAUCUUAUCUUCAAGGACAAGAUUUAUGGGAGUUGGUUUCAGGUGCAGAACGAAUUCCAGCGGACAAUCCAAAGAAUUCAGAGGCACGUCGUAAGUGGAAGGUUAAAUGUGGGAAAGCUAUGUAUGCAUUGCGAACAUCGACCGGUAGAGAACUUAUUGAUCAGAUCCCUGAUAUGGAUACACCUAAGAAGAUAUGGGAUGCUCUUGCAAACUUGUUUACUAAGAAAAAUACUGCAAGACUUCAAUAUUUGGAGAAUGAAUUUGUUGUGAUAAGUCAAGGUAAUUUCUCUACUCCAGAAUACUUCUUAAAAGUUAAGAAUUUGUGUUAUGAAAUUUCAGAAUUAGAACCAGAUGAUCCAAUUAAAGAGGCUAGAUUGCGUCGUUAUCUUAUACGUGGUUUGAGGAAGGAGUUUAUGUCGUUUAUUACUUCAGUACAAGGGUGGCAAACUCAGCCCUCUGUCAUUAAGCUAGAGAACUUGCUGACCAAUCAAGAAGCUUUAAUCAAGCAAAUGUCCAGCAAGACUAUUUCUGAAGUCGAGGAUGUGCAAGUAUUUCACUUUGGCAUGCACGACCGGAUCAUGUUGGUUAUCAGUUAUUACAACAAAUCUCCAUCAAACAGUUACUUGAAGGUGUGUCAUUAUUUCGGAAGAUGGAUACAAAUGUUGUAUGUUCUGGUUGUCAGUAUGGUAAGUCUCGUCGCCUUCCUUUCCAAAGUUCAACAAAUCGGUCUACUCUUUAUUUCAAUUACUUCAUUCGGAUCUUUUGGGACCAAUAAAGACACCUAGUUAUGCUGGUUAUCAAUAUUUAAUGGUAAUUGUGGAUGAUUUCACCUGGUUUUCUUGGGUUUAUUUUUUGAAAUACAAAGAUGAGGCAUAUUUCGAUCUUUGUGAAAUUCAAACUGCAAGUAGAAAAGGAAUUUGGAAAGCUGAUUAAAUGUCUACGUACUGACAAUGGAGGAGAAUUUUUGUCGGAUGAGUUCUUCAAAUACUGCAGAAUACUGCAGAGAACAUGGAAUUCGUCGCCAGAUGACAUGUCCUGACACCCCGCAACAGAACAGAGUUGCUGAAAGAAAACUAGCUCAUCUUACUGAGAUGUGCUUGUCAUGGUUGCAUGAAAAGCAACUGCCUAGAUCUCUAUGGGUAGAAGCUAUUCAAUGUGCUUGUCAUGUGAUUAAUCGACUACCUCCAUGGCCAUGUACUGAUAAAUCCCCUUUUGAAAAUAUGU